AUCACCCAGCCCCAGCAGCGGCCUCCAUUUUAACUUCGACACCGAGCCAUACCUCACGUGUCCUGGGCUGUCUCUCUCACAUGACCCGAGUGUUUGUUCCCGUGAUCAGCACUUCCAUCUCCGUCUGUGACACCGAAUAUCACUUUUUAUUUUAACCCUGAUGGAUAUGCUUGAACAGAGUCUGGACACCGCAAGCCAAGAAAAGCAAGACGAAGAGGUUGUCCAAGCAUCAGAAGACGGGGCAGGGGAAGAGCAGACAGCUGUUACGAUAGCCAGUGUUCAGCAGGCUGCAGCAUUCGGUGACCAUAACAUACAAUAUCAGUUCCGCACUGAGGGCGCGCAGGUGACGUAUCGUGUUGUUCAGGUGACUGACCAGCACCUUGAGGGAAGAGACGAUGCGGGAGGAGCAGUGAGCGUCGUCUCAACAGCUGCAUUCGCCGGAGCUCCUCAGGCUGUGGCUCAGGCUGUGAUCCAAAACCCUUUCAGUAAUGGAGGAAGCCCAGCAGGAGAGGCAGUGGGAGGGGAGACCCGCUUUGCUUACUUCCCCGCGACCGCGGUGAGCGACGGGACUGUGUCUGUGCAGGCCGCGACGGACCCUACACUCACACAGGCAGGGGGUCAGUUUUAUGUGAUGAUGACCCCCCCUGAUGUCAUUCAGACAGGCACACCACGAACCAUCGCCCCACGCACACAGCCCUAUCCUGCAGAUGAAAACGAGCUGCUGCAACACGAAGGUUUAAACUGGAAAAUGGACGGACCCCGAACACCAAGAGAUGAAAGGAGAAGAGCGCAACAUAAUGAAGUCGAAAGACGGCGAAGAGACAAGAUCAACAACUGGAUAGUGACGCUUUCCAAGAUCAUCCCAGACUGCAGUAUGGACAGCACCAAGACCGGAGCAAGCAAAGGAGGCAUCCUGUCCAAAGCUUGCGACUACAUCCGUGAGCUGAGGCAAAGCAACCAGCGACUGCAAGAGAGUCUGAAGGAAGUGGAGAGGAUACAAGUGGACAACGAGCUGUGCAGGCAGCAGAUUGAAGAACUGAAGAACGAGAACGCGUUGCUCCGAGCGCAACUCCAGCAGCACGGCAUCGAGAUGGUCGGAGAGACGCCACCGCAGUGAAGGAGAUGAAAAGAACAGGGAGGAGCACCGCCACUCAGACACGUAACUGACACGGUGGAAAACACGGCAGGAUGAUUUAAAAAAACAAAAAAAACAACAACAAAAAAACAAAAAAGGACUUGUGGAGAAUCACUUUCUUUUUAGUGAAUGCAUCCUUCCCUGGGUUUCCAGGUCGCAAACCCUUCACUAGCCAAUGUGGCUGCACUUGACUGUUACAAUCCUAUUGAGAUAACCGCCCGUUGCUACUCAGUAGAAAUGUGCUCCAAGAGAAGAUGUCCACUCACCUCCAUCAGAGUGCUUCACGAGCACUAGCUAUGAAAAAGACCCUCUGCUGAACUCCUCCCUUGUUUUGUAUUUAUGUAGCCUCUCUGAUGGACUGUGAUAUUAAUUUUUGUUCCCUGUCAGUGUACUUCCCUCCCCCCCCCACUUCAAAUAUUAAUUUUGACUUAGUUCAUGCUUGUAUUCUGUUUGUGUUUUUUUUUUUUUGAGUUCUGUAUUAAUAUGUUGUUUUUAGCUCCUUUUAAUUUAUUAGUCCGCUUGCUGACAGAAGCCUUGAUGGAGACCAGUUAGCUCAGUAACCCAUGCACCCCCAGAGGAGUGAAUUUUUUAAGUGAGGAAACAUCAAAGUAUGCAAAACAUGGUUUCACAGACAGAAAUAAUGUGUCAUACAUAGCUUACCUAGACCCAAAGACAAACCCAAGAGCCGUGGAGGUCAACGCUUCAGGGCUGAUUCAUGUAAAUAAGACUUGUCAUGUUUUCAUACAGAUGUUACAGAAUGAUCAUCUCUGGGAGUCAACACUCAAUAACUCAUUCUGGCCAUUUGUCAUCAUUAUUUCCAUGAAGUGUGUGCAAUCUUGAAGCUUGAUUUUGGGGGGUUAAAAAAAAGUGGUUUACUUGAAUUGUUGGGCAUUUGCUUAACCAGAAAAAUGAACCAUAAAACGUGUAAAGAUCCUCCAACGGUAUUUGAUUAGAAACUGAAAUGUGAGCGAGCGGGAACAUGCAGAACUUGACAAACUCGUCACUUUUGACCGUAGUUGAAAAAUCCCAACUUUUACCAAAAUUAUAUUUAGGUACUGUGGGUUUUUUUUUUUUUUUGUUUUAUUUUCAUCUUUUGUUAGCGUGUGAUUUGCGGGUGUCUCGAUACGUGUACGAAUUAUCCCCCACAUGUUUCAUUUCAAGCUGUUUGCUCUAUUUCGGUAUUGCAGCGCUUCAAAUGGAGCUCAAUGCACAAGGGGGGGGAGGGAGGCACCCUGGAGAGCGCCGCUCAGAGACUCUGCUCACUAUGGAAAAAGGAAGUACACAGAAAUUCUGUGUCGCGCUUCUUCUUAGCCGAGCACAAACUCGCUCUCCAUGAAAAGACGGAAUAAGUUGGGAAGUCGGGGGGGGAGAAAAAAAACUUGGAAAAUGAUCUCGGAUAUUCCUCCGCCCGCUCAGGCACACAAUAAGUAAACUGCAAUUGGUUAUACAAACAAGCAAAAGCUAUUAUUAACAUUGUUGAUGAUUUUGUGAAUGAAUAUACAUGAUGUGUUUUUUUUUGUUCCGCUUUGGGCGAUGUGAGUGAAAGUGGAAGAGAGAUAUCAAGCUUCGGCGCCACUUAUUAGAGCACAAUUGCUUUUUCCCCCCCUGUAUCAACAGCUCAGGAUCCAGCAAAGCAAAACCAACACUCAGACCCCUGGCAAAAUCAGGCAGACGAUCACAUUUUAAUAUCUCAGACUCUGUAAGUUAACAGCUUGUGCUUUGGAAGUGCUGUUCUGCUACAACUGCUAGAUUCAAACCUGAUAGGGAUAGUGCAAGUGUCUGAUCUAUCAAACGAGGCUUCCAGCCAAAGUUGAAUGAUAGAUGUUUUGCAGUAGAAUUUUUAUUUUUUUUUUUUACACCUCAGUGAGAGGAGAGCAGAGAAUGUGAAGACAUGAAUAAUGCUUUGGAAGAUGGAUGUUCACAAAUGAAAGGUCAUUCGUGGCUAAUUCUUUUUCUUUUUUUUUUUUUUUCUUGCGUUUCUUUUUUGAAAUGGCAAAAGGAAGAAAGAAAGAAAGAAAGAAAAAAAAAAAGACUUUUUCUCUGUGUAGCAGCCUCACUGUUCUCAGGUUAGAGACAUCUUUUGUAAGUAAAAUGGUGGAAAAUAAAACUUUCACUAGCUAAUA